AUGUGGGCUUUCACACCCCUCCUAAAUAGUUUUGUCUACUCUAAUACCAUUGCUGCUGAUCCUGCCUCGACAAUUCGAAUGGCCAUCCCAGUUAUUGGAAUCCCUACUACAAACACUACCAUUUUCAUCAAGAUUCUCGUCGGUGGUUCCCGUCAGCUGCCGACUGGAAGCCUAUGUCCGAAGUCCGUGAGCGUUUUGCUCUGGCGGACAAUGUAUCUCAGUCAAUGGCUACUUUCCGCAACAAACAACAGUCAUCCCGUUCCAGUGGAACCCGAACCAACUCACGUGCAGGCAGUGUCACCUCAAUACCUACUCCGCAUACUCAUGCUCAUGCACAUUGUACAUCAGACCACUCAGCAACGACAACGGGUAAUCGUCGUGGUUCCACUCUGUCACUUCCCCAACCGAGCCAUAUUGAUCGUACCCGAAUCCCAUUUGAUUCACGGAGUGUUUCCGGUGCAGACGACCAGUCCAAGCUACGAGCUCCAGAACAGUUCCAAGCGAAACCUUCGCCAUCAUCCUCACGGCCAUCCUCUCGUACUGGUUCCACUAUGCAAACUGGUAUCCCUAAGCCUAAACCUUAUCCAAGUGCCCAAACUUCCAGUCGUCCAUCUAGCCGACAAUCCAGUCAUUCGGAUCUCUCUGGAAUUGCAAAACCUCCCGUUGGAUCUACUGCAUCAUUACGAGAGCCUUCCCAAUCGAACAUGGGUCAUUCUAAUCUCCGUCGUCCGACGCGUCCUGAUCAAAGACCCACCUCGAUUCGACAUGGCUCACUCGGGUCAAUUCCUCAAAAACCGUCAGAAACCCCUGACAGAGAACCCUCCGUUUCAGUCACACCUUCUCCUCAAAGUGUCCGACGCUCAUCGGUUCCUGCUGCAUCAACACCUGUAG